AUGGGCGAGACUGAAUGGGGGCUUGACGUGGGCUCGCAAUUAGUGUUUCACGGAGGGCACCAAAGCAAAAGAGAAGGGAAGGCGUUUGCAGACAAACCACCGCCUUCUUACCUGUUGAAUCGCGGAUAUCCGUUGAGUGACGUAAUUCAGGUAGGGAUGCAUGGCACUGAUGGGAUGAUGGAAAGCGAAAAGAGGGGAAGCCCUUCAUGCACGUGUGUUGCCUUUGGUGUGGUACUUGCUGCAGAUCGUAAGGAUGGCCGUCCGUUCGUCAACCGCAGCCCAUCAGCAGCAGCAGCAGCAGCAGCAGCAGGCGGCAGUGAUAGAGGCCAUCGAGAUGCAGAUCCACUUCCGUCCCGGCUCCAAUGAGGGGGCCAAAAAGCUCACCCGUCGGCUCGUCAGGAGAAUCAUGAAUCGCAGCAUUACUCCUGACGGUGUGCGGCGCCUUAUUCGCCGCGGCGCUGAUCCCACCGUGACCAUCGAGCUGUCCGUACCGGGGCACGUACGGAGGGUGGCGCGCGUGUGUCUGCUCGCGUUGGCCAUCGACGACUUCAGCUCCCCCACUGCGCUGGAGUCGGCGCUCCAGCUAUUUGUAUGGCCUCCCUUUGGUCCUCCUCCGGGUCGGCUGGUGCUCCCAUUGUGGCCAAGCCGUCAGAUCCAGGCGGGCAUCAUCAACGCGCUGGUGGACGAGGGCGCAGAUGUCGAUGGGCUGGCGGACGGGAGCAAGCGCCCCGUGGAGGUGGCGGUGCGGUCGGGCAACGCGACGGGAGUGGAGGCCCUCGUGGGCACACAUGGGGCGAAGGUGGACGGCAUGGGGCUGCUGCAUGUGCCGCUGCUCGUGGCGACCGAGCAGUACGAGGAUACCCUGAUCGAUAUCUUCGGCUACCUCCUGGAUCAAGACCCCGACUUGGCGACGGAGAGCAAUGUGCACAGCAUCGGUGUCGUCAUCAGCACUGAUGUGGUGUACUCGGCAGCCAAGGCGGGUCGUGUCUACUCCCGGGGCUUCAUCGAGGCCUACCUGGACCUGGUGACGGCCAACGGGGCGACCCUGACCCACGUGGAGCAUCCUCGCAGGACGGCAUUGUACUCGGCCUGUUUCUUCUCUGCACACCAUGUGGUCGAGUACCUGUGCGACAACCUCACACCCGCCGACAUCAACGCCUCACACCCGCCGUCUGUGCCGCAGACCCCUCUUGACUGUGCUGCCUUCAAGCUCGCCCAGCUCACCGAUCCACAUGGUGCCCUCUGGGUGUACGAGGACCGUGACAAGGCGAUAGAGGGCAUGAAGGGGGCGGUCCGCACCCUGCUGCGGUCGGGGGCAAUGAUUGGCGUGAUGCCCACCGCGGAGCGUCGUCUGGUGUUGGAUCAGUACGUCAAGGUGCUGAAUGCGCUGCCCACGGCCGUCAUGGGAGCCAUCAAUGCCGCCCUGGCCCCCCAGCGCUCCCUCGCCGCCGUCAUCACGCCCUGGCUGGCCGUCGGUCCGAACGAGGCGCCCAUCUUCGGCUGGCGCAUCGCAUCUUACCUGUUCGACAUGGAUGCCGCCAAGGCGGGCAUCAGUGAGGCCAUCGGUGUGCGGGGCAGCGACCUGGCCCGCCGUGUGUGUGCGGCUGCCCAGCACUUCGUUGAGUCGGCUUUGUACAAGGCCAGCAUCAGCAACAGGGAGGUGAUGGGCCACAAGGAGAGUGUGGAGGGCGAGAUGGUGCGGGUGCCGCUGCAGUGCUUCGCCGUGAGGGCGGGGUCGAGUGUGCGUCGGCUGGGGGUGCGUGAGGUGGUGCACAAGGCGCGGCUGGACGAGGUGGCGGCACACGGGCUGCAGGGCGUGGUCAAGGGCUUCAACACCCACCUGGGCAACACCGACUGCGUGUUCCAGUGGGGCCAGCUGGAAUGGGCGGAUCAUGCCAGUGACGCCAGCUGGCGGCCGCUGGGCAUCAACUAACGGACUCACUGUCUCAUCGUUGUGUAAAUAAUGAGAGGGGGGAGUGGGACGGGCAGAGGGGAGGGAGGGAUGCAUCGCCCGUGAACGUUCGUGUGUGCCUGUGUGGCAUGCCUGCGGGGAGGGAAGUUUUGGGGUUCACACAAGUGGAGGCGUCUGCCCCUGUACAGUCAUCACAAUGUCAUGCAGCCUCUUCCUGUCUUGCCUGUGGAGUGCCAUCCAUCCACAGGCUGCCGUUGUGGGGAAAGAUGGUCGUGGAAGAAUGGACAGAUGGCAUGGACGGACACGACACACAGCACAAGAAGAGAGAUAAGGAACGGACCGCAGGCAGGCAGGCAGCUGUGCUGCUGGCUGCAAACCUGCAAAGCGUGGCUGGAGAGAGAGGCUGACGAUCGCAUUUGUGCAUUUGCACGUGUGCAUCUGAUGCGUGUACCUGUGUGCAUCCUUUGAGACUCUGCUGUGUGUGUGUGUUGUCUCCCAUAUCCGUCAAUGGGUUUGUGAGACACGAUGAAGGGAUGC